AUCGAGCAAAGCAUACUGGGAAGGCGGGCUGUUCAAAUGUAGGAUGAAAAAUUACGGGGAACAAUGCUUAGCUGUGUUUAGAGAUAAACGAAACCGAGUAACAGUUUAACAGAGCAGUAUUUUUACGUGACAUUAACAUAUUUACUUUUAUGAUCCGGCGGAAGCCGUUUUAUGUUUUUAUAUGACUUAAAACGUUUUUAAUUUACGUGUCACGCGUGUUGUCAUGGCGAAGAGGCCGAAAAGAAGAGAUGUGCCAGGGGAUUUACACUCAACACCAAAUAUCUCUAAUCCAAAUGGAUAUGCCAGUGGCAAUCUCGAAACUGGAUUGCCUUCCAGCAGAAAAUAUGCUUCAUUCCGAAGGUUUUCCUUGCAUAAGCCGCCUUCAAGCAGAGAAAUUAACAAAGCUAAUAACUUAUCACAAAAAAUUGAACCUGAGCAGAUUUCACUGCUAAUUGGGAAAGACUGGCAUUUGCACUACGUGACUCCAUUGUACAAGUUCUCUCAUUCAGCAAUAAGGUCAUAUUCAAGGCAACUUUCAGCAUUCAUUGCUGCAGAGAAACAAAAAGGUGUUCCUUUUGAUAUGGGGAGUGACAAUAUCUUUAGGGUCAAUUUUUCAAUAAUACUCGGAAUAGCUGAAAAAGAAGGGGACAGUGAAGCAGUCUUUAUUCAGAUCUAUACCAAACAAUUUUUUGCUAUUCAAGGAACAACUGAGAAUGUAAUCUGGAGUGGAUGGCUGGCAUGUGUUAAUUGUAAUACAGAAUAUAUAAGUUCUCUACCUCCCAGAUUUACAUACUUUCCUUUGUUUUGUUCCAAUGGACCAGAAACCAUGACUGCAAUUGUAAGGACUUGGUUCCAGAAGACAUUUGAUUGCAAUUUUGGCAAUCUCUCUAUAAACUACAGUAAUCUCAGCUGGCUAGCAGCUAUAUGGACUGACUGCAAGCAAACAGUGGACUUUAAGUACUUAAAACUGUCUUGGACUCUACCAUUAAGACCACCAUUGGAUGUCACAUACACCAUUAAUUCUGAAGAUGGGUGGGAGCUUUGGAACAGUAUACAUAAAGAAAAUGAUCAGAUUACUUUAGAGGAAAUGGGUCAGUUUAUGUACGUUUUGGAGUCCCAUUUCUUCAGACAUUUUAAGGUUCAUUUAACAUUUGGGGAAUUAAUUGAGGUCUCAACAUCUCUUGGAGUGGUCCAAAAGAAUGGAAGAAUCAAGUUCCUGAGUGGUGAACGUAUGACUGCCAUCCUGACACUGCUGACAGAAAAUGCAGUUUUAAUGAUGCCCGUCUAACCUCUGAGAACGUGAAUCUGGAAAUUACUGUCUCCUCAAUGAGCACUUGAUAGCAUCCUCUUAAAUGUAAAAGGCAGCCAUUUAUUAGCAUAUAAAAAGUGAUUUUGGUCAUCUAAGGAACACAAUUUAAUUUUAUUUCAUCUUUUAUUGAUGCACCUUUUAGACUGUUUAUUUAUAAAAAUAAUAAAUGUUAAGGAUGCAUGGCUUUUAUUUUACUGCACCUUAAAUAAGUGGGUUAAACGACGUUUAUAUUUUAACAGCUUUGUAAAUGCAACUGUAAUAUUAAAGAAAUUUAUUAUAAAACAACUUGUAAUGGAUAACAAACUCAUUCAGUUUUAAUCUGUGCAAAACAAUGUUUGUUGAACACUAACAGAUAAAAUGAAGCAGGUGUGAAUGCACAUUUUUUACUUUAAUAGUGUAAUAUUAUUC